GGGAUGGUGCUGCUGCUGCUGCUAGUUAUGUCCUUGUUUGUGGGAUAGUGCCGCUAUGCGAAAAUCAAUUUGAAUCUUGGCCUCACUGUGACCAUUGAUGCCCCACGUCAACUCGACGAGGAUAUGAUACACAUUUGUUCCCAACAAACAGAAAUCUCCCUUGAGGAAUUACAGAAAUUCCAGCAACCCGAUGUCAAGGUCAAUGCCUCGGAGGCCACACAAUGCUUCACCCACUGUCUGUACGAGCAAAUGGGACUCAUGCACGAUGGCGUGUUUGUGGAAAAGGAUUUCCUUGGUUUCCUCUCGGAUGUGAGUAAUCCCAAUACCUGGCCACAGCGACAAUGCCACAACCUUAAGGGCGACAACAAAUGCGAAACGGCCUAUAAAAUUCAUCAAUGCAUCAUGAAAUUGAAGCGGGAGCAGAAUUUUGAGCGAGACCAUGCUUUCGAUGGGGAUGGGGACCCGACGACUUCUGUAACGCCGACCGAGCAACUCAAUAUGCCCUAA